AUGAUUGAAAUUCCAGAUUUAGACGAUUUGGAUCAAACUCCCAAUGCUUAUGUAUAUCGACAACCUCCCACAGAAAUCGAUGUGAACUCUUUGAAUCACCCUGUCCAUGAUUCAAUAAAUCAAUUAAAUGGUACUAAAACUGGGCUACCUUUGAACUACUAUUCUGGUGAUGCUAUAGGUCUUCAAAUCUAUUCCUCGCAAGAUGUUGAGGAAGACCCUACAAACAGUAAACAAAUCCCGAUAAUCGAUCCAAAAUCGGCUGUUGUUACUUAUGAAUUGGACGAUAAUGAAGUUACAGCUUUCGUUCCUCAACUUCAAUCUCCUCAGGAAACUGCAGUAUCAGAGUUUUCUUAUAUCCGAACCUCAACUCCUGCUAAUGAAAAUAUUAAACCUACACCAUUGGAACAGAAUCCUAUUUCUGAACCUGAAUUUCCUCAAUACUUCAAUCAAAAUAGUGAAUUCCCUCAAACAGGCUUAUCGAUUGAUGGCGAAGUUGUUCCUCAAGCUCCUGAAGUCAUUCCAGAUCAUCAAAGACAACAACAAUUGGAAGAAGGAGGAAAUCAGGAUGAUUAUGUGGCAUUGCUCUCAACUAAUACAGCUGCUACAUCUUCUUCAAAAGUGUUUAAGUUUCCCCCCAGUAGAUCAAAGGAGUCGCCUAUCCUUCAGCCACCUCCCUCGGCCAUGACAAUACAAACAGUUACUUUAACGAAUGAUGAUGAACGGGAUAUCAGACGGAGUCUAGCGUCGGCACUGAAGAAACCAGUGGAAUAUACUAUGCACAUUGUGUUCACUCAAUUUGUUAAGAUGGCUGAUGUCAAAUUAGAUUUAUGUAUGAAUUAUCCCCAGAAUGAUGAUCCUCCAGUGAUGGAAGUCUUGGGUGAAGGAGUUGAUCCCAAAUUUGAUAAAGUUAUUUCGGCUCUUGGAUACAUUUCUAGAAGAAAACCUGGUCCAAUAGUUGAUGUAAUGAUGCAAUGGAGAAGUCGAAUGAAUGAAGAUGCCUUGCAAACAUCUGGAAUGGCUGCAAAGGUUGAAGAAGCUUUAAAAAGAACUUCUGUUGCAUAUGGGGAUUUGGAAGCUUCUGAUAAUAAUAGUGGGGGUCAUAGUAUUAAAAAAAGACAAUCCAUGAGUUUAAUUCGAAAAAAAAGUCAUGGGAAGUAUAACAAUAAUAUUCAUAGUAACUUGGGGAAACGUGAAUCGUCCAUCAAUUCUUCUUUGAACCAAAGAAAUACAAGUGUUUCAAAUAAUGACAUUGCCAAUAUCGAACGUCAAGCAGCCAAAAUGCAAGCAAUCAAAGCUGAUAGAAGAUCUCUAUCAUCAGUGUUUUUGCUUUGUCGAGUAUUAAUUGAAGUCAUUAAGCAAACUUCUAUAGAAGAUAUGGGAGUCAAAUUAAGUGACAAAUUGGAAGAAAUGGCUUAUAUCCAAUUGAAAAUAUCCGAUCCUAUAUUGACUAGUAAAUCACUUGUUCGUUCUGCUAAUUGGAAUUUAUGUACUGAAUUGCUUGGAUAUAUGUCUGAACAACGAUUUUUAAGUGUUAGUGAUAGAUUUGUGGCUGAUUUAGAAAAGGUUCCAACUCAAGUUAAACAUGAAGACGAACCAAAGUAUCAUUUAUUAAUUCAAGGAAUGAAAUAUUUGAAGUUAAAGAAUGAUUCUUUAGAGAGGUUUGAAGAAAGUUCAGAAUUUAUUUUAUCUUUGGCUAAAUUCUUUGAAAGAAGUCGUAAUGAAGCCAUUGUGUUUGCUUACUGUGAUGUAUUGGGAAAUUUAUUACUUCCUCUAGCAAAUAUUUUGACUGCUGAGACCAACCAUCCUACUUGGGUUGAAGCAAUGGAAAGGAUUUAUAAUAAAGCUUAUAAGAUUUGGCAUCUUCAUCGUGGUGGUAAUCAUAAAGAAGGGUCUCCUGCCACUACUUCUAGCUCAAUGACAAACUCAUCGUUGAUAAACAAUGUGUUUUCCUUUUCAUCUUACAAUGGGUGGACUUAUUCAAUGCAUUUGAUGACUGCUGUGUUAGUGGUUUCUAGAAAGGAAUUAUUUUCUGAAUCAUGGUUAAGAAUGAUUGAAGAAAAUUCAUCUAAAUUGAAAGUUAAAGUGCCGGCCAAUGAGAAAACCACGUUUAUUAUUUGCAUAGCACGGUUACUCUGGGUAUAUGUUUAUCGGUUGCCCGAUACUUUAAACAAUACUGUAAAGAGAUUGGAUAGUUUGUUUGAUAUGUUAUUUUUUAACCCGGCUGUCGUGUCAAAGAAGAAUCAAUGGAUCAAUUUUGAUAUGUAUCUAAUUAAUGGGUUGGAAGAAAUUAUUAAAGCUGUUGGAUAUCAUCAUUUGAAUUAUGUUCUUGAUAAUGUUCUUAUUAAACUAUUGAAUCUUGCGUUUCCUGGUACAACCUUAGAAGGUCUUUCCCCUGAACGAAUCAUCUUGGUUAUAAAAAGUUAUUUAUCGAUCUUGGAGGAUUGUGAAUUGGGAAAUAAACCGUUAUUCCCAACAGAUGAAGAGUUAGGUUCAAGAGUUUUCAAAUAUAGUUUGGUAGGUUCAAGGUGGGAUAAAUCAAAGAAUUCUAUUAAUGUUGAAGAACAAAGAAAUAAAAUUCGCUUGAAUGAAUUCAUGUUCUUAGCUAAAAAUUCUAAUAAUGCAGCUUCACAUGAAGAAAUAUGUCGUUCAUUUGCUUCAUUAUUUAAGCUUUUAGAUGCAGAAUGUGGAUCAGAUGCUUCCAGAUUAACUACUACCACGAAUACUCGAUCUCAUUCUAAUUCUUUAAGUAAAAACCCUUCAAUUAAAAACCCUUCAAUUUUCAAUUUUGGUAUGGAUUUUUCGUAUACUUCAAAGAAUCUACAAUAUGAAGUAUUUGCCAAUUUGAUGAAUGCAGUUCCUUGGACCAUGGUCCCCAUUCCUGGUGAAACUGUAUCGCUUUGUGGUGUUCCAUUUAAACAAGUGGUUGAGAUCCUUACCAGAAAUGUUGUUCACUCCGAUGAAAGAGUAUCUAAUGGCGCAGUGACAGCGUUAAGAAGGUUGGCAUCUAGGAAGAACCCUACCACAUUGAUCACCACGUUUGCUAAAAUUGCUUUUCAGUUCACAGAAAGACCAAACCCAUCGUAUGAUUACGGAUACACUGAAUCUCAUGAAUUCCAAAGACUCUUGAAAUUAUAUGUUGAACUAUUGAACUGCUGGCUUCAACAGUUCAAUGAUAUUAAUGAAUGUCGAAAAUACAUUCACAUCAGCAAUCCUUUGGCUCAAGAAGAUGAAGUCAUGAAUCAGGAUGUUUUGAAUGAUUUAUAUCAGAUCAACCACAAGAUUGAAACCUCGGCUGUUGAUGCCAUGAAGUUUAAACCUUCGGAGGACUUAGAAUGGAAAGAAAUAAUCACUGUUAUUGAAGAAAUAGAAGGUAACGGGUUAUUUUUUCUCUGUUCCCAAGAUUUCACUACUAGAUUCCAUGGACUUUCGAUAUUAAAAUUGGUGGAGAAAUUUGACCAAGUUAUCUAUGAAAUUACAGACACCAACAAUAUCAACAACAAUAUUCCUAAUAACAAUAAUAAUGCUAACGAAGAGAAACAAAUGAAACAGCAUUCUAGAAGCUCGUCAAAGUUUGCAGCUGAUGUCGGUACUCGAUUGGCUAAUGUCUUACAAGUUAUUGAUUUCUUUGAGUUGUUGAAACCAAUUAGAAGAGAAUUAAGUAAUCCUGAACGUCAACGAUUAUCCAAGUUAAGAAAUAAGAAGAAUAUGUUGAUCCGAUUGGCUGAAUCUGAUCAUGGAUUAGAUACCACGGUUUGGUUUAGAAUCUUUCCCAAGUUACUUGACAUUUUUUUUGAACGGUGUCCAAUGCCUGUUGCCAUGUGUCGAUCUAUUGUAUGUGUUCGACUUGUUCAAAUGCAUGAGCAAGUACUUGAAUACAGUGAUUCCUAUAGGAUGACAUCAUCUUUUUUCUCCAAGCCAUUGUCAACUCCUCCAGAAGUAUUGAUUAACCAAUGGAAAAUCUAUUUGAUAUUUGCUUGUUGUUCAUUGACAUCAACGAGUGAACAAAAAAUAGCAAUACCCACCAAACCAUCUCAUGGAAGAAAGAAAUCAAUGCAAAUGUAUAUUCAACAUCAAAAGAUCACCAGUGCAAAAUCGAUUUUCAGAAUGAUGAUUCCCUUUUUGAAGACUCAGCUGUCAAUGGUUCGUGAUGCAGUGGUGACGGGAUUAAGUUCCAUAAACAUCAACAUUUUCCAGACCCUAUUGGAAAAUACUCCAACAAGUUUAAAUGAUUGGGGUAAUCAUACUUCCACAAGAGAUUCCGGUGAAGAUCGAUUAAGAAUUGGGAUAAUCCAAAUCUUAAGUAACAUUACCAGAAAAUUUGUUUCUGAGCCGUUUAUCUUUGAUAACUUGACUAUUGUUGAAUAUCUUGUGAAUAUUGCGAAAAGCUUAAAGAAUUUUCUUUCAUUACCAACGGUUCAAGUAUCAAUUGAAUUCCAAAAGCUUAGAAGAUUUUGGUGUACGUUGGUGGAGAACGUUUUUAAAGGCUUACAACAAACUCUGGAGGUUGAUAAGUGGUUCCCGUUUGAAGCUCGGUUGGGCUGUUAUACUUAUUUACAUGAAUGGUGUGGAUAUGGUGAAUCCAGUAGAACUGCAGAAGAACGGUAUACUACAAUGCUAGCCAUGGCCAUUCAACAAAAGGAUGAUGGGGCUUCUGCUGCUGCCAUACUUGAGGUUGAAAGGAAAGCUUUACAAUUUGCUUCCUUAAGUUGUAUGACUUGUUUAUGUUCAUCGCCAAUAUCUCAACUGUUUGAUAUUCCAGGAACCAUAGCUUUAAUGUCCUUUGAUAUUCCGGCUUUGAUGUUUUGGAUUCACUCCCUUUUCUGUUCAAGAGAUGAACUUGUAUGUGAAAUUGGUAAGAAUGCUUUACACAAUGUAUUGGUGUCUAAUAUUAACAAUCCAACGAUAUUUCAAUACAUUGUUCGAGAAUGCUACAUUUCUCAAGAACCUCAAAUGAAUAUUUCCCUUUACAUUGUCACCUUUAUUGAAACAAUAUUAGAACAUAAACAGAUGACUGAACUAUCAUUGGAAUUGAUGUGUUUUGCAGUGUUAUUUGUGGGCCAUGAUGAUUAUGAUGUUAGGUAUGCAGCCAUAAGACUUGUGGUAAGAAUGGAAGAAUUGUUCUACACUACCUCCACUGCUAAGCUAUACAUGGAAGCUGUCUGUUGUCGUACGAGACUUGUUUAUAAGAGAGCACUUUACGAUAUUUCCAAUAGUUGGGCAGAAUCUCAUCCUGAAGGACACUUUGAAGUGAUUUCAUACUUUACAAAGUUCUUUAAUUUGGUGGAUGGCUGCAAUAGGAAAGAUAUCUCUACGUGCUUAAUACCGUGGCUCCAACAUGUGGAUCUAAAGUACGCUGCAGUUGAUGAUAAUAGCAGUAAUGAUAACGAAAAUGAUAGUCCUGUGGUGGUGGGGUCUAAACUUGAUGCCAACUUUCAAAUGGUUCUUUAUAACCUUUUUGAAAUAGUAGUAAAGUAUAGUUCUUCAUUACCAAAUGAAGUUCAAGCACUAUGGAUUGCCAUUGGUACCAAACCCUUACAUUACGAUAUUAUCUUAGAUUUUCUUAUGGAGGCUUGUUUAGUUCGAAGGUCACCUCAAUUUGUUGAGUAUGCCAGACAAAUCAACGACUACCUAACCUUUUCAAAUCCAGAUGUUAAGGUUACUAUUGGAAAAUAUAUUGAAAACUUACAAUCCAAAUCCAUGGUCCCUAAACAGUACCGCCCUGAAGAAAUGAUUUCUUGUUUCAAAGUUGAAUCGGAUUUACCCUAUGUUGCUGAUAUUCAAGAGUUAAUUCCUUAUAAUGAAAAAGAUGCCAUAUUUUCCAUGGGUCAAUUAUCAAUGAUAUUUUUGGUUGAUAUGUUUACCAUUCAAAAUGAACCAAUGGUUGAAAGUUUACCAUUAUUACUUCAGGUAUCUUUCUCCUUAUUAGAUCACUAUAUCCCUAUAGUUCAGGAAGCUGCCCGUUCAUUAUUGAUUCAAUUGGUUCAUACCUUAGCACCUAAUGAACCUAAAUCAGAACAAGUUAUCAAGCAAUUGAGAAUCAAAAAGGAUUUCCAUAAAGACCUUUGGAUGUAUGAUGAUUUAACCAAUGGCAAUAAGGGAACAAGAACUCCCAAGAGUAUGGACCUAUUAGCAAGAAACAUACUUGAUAUAUUUGUUAAUAUUGCUCCAACUUUACAAAACGAUUGGGGUAGAGUUGCAUUGAAUUGGGCUACUACUUGUGCUGUUAGGCACAUUGCAUGUCGAUCAUUCCAAUUAUUCCGAUCAUUGCUUUCAUUUUUAGAUCAACGAAUGCUUAAAGAUAUGCUUCAUAGAUUAUCCAAUACCAUUUCUGAUGAUUCGGUUGAUAUUCAAGGGUUUGCCAUACAAAUCUUAAUGACAUUGAAUGCCAUCACUGCAGAAUUGAAGGCUGAAAGUUUAAUUGAUUUCCCUCAAUUAUUCUGGGUCAGUGUUGCAUGUUUAAGUACUAUCCAUGAACAAGAAUUCGUUGAAGUCUUAUCAACCAUGUCCAAAUUUGUAUCCAAAAUAGAUUUGGAUUCUCCCGAUACAAUUUCCUGUCUAAUCUCUGCCUUCCCUUUGAAAUGGGAAGGGAAGUUUGAUGGACUUCAGAACAUUAUUUUAACUGGGUUAAGAUCAGGAACUUCAUGGAAUCUUACCAUUAAAUUCUUGGAUAAAUUAAACACUUUGAAUGAUAGUGAUAUUAUUGGAGUUGGAGAUGGUAGAUUAAUAAUGUCUGUUGCAUCUAAUUUACCACGAUUCUUACAUGCCUUGGAACAGAAAACCAUUAAAAAGGAUGUUUAUGAUGCAGCAGUUCAAUUAUCCAAAUUGGCAGAUCAAUGUAAUAAACCAGCAUUGGCCAGAAUUUUGAAUUCAUUAUCAAAGAAUAGAUUUAGAUCUAAAAAGGACUUUUUGGUUCAAACUUUGGCUACCAUGAAGAGUAAUUUCUUUCCUCAAUAUGAAGCUCAAGUGUUGGUAUUAUUAUUAGGAUUCUUACUGAAUAGCAUUCCUUGGGUUAAAUUAGAAACCUUGGCACUUUUAAAACAAGUGUUCCCUUUAAUUGACUUACAAAGAGAUGAAUUUGUUGGAGUGGGAGCCGAUUUAAUUUUUCCCUUAUUAAGAUUAUUAUACACUGAUUAUGCUGAACAAGCACUUGAAGUAUUGGAUGAAGUUGUUGCUAUUCCGGGUUCCAAACUUGAUCCUAGUUUCUUAAGAGUCAGUAUCGGUGAUAACGAUACAAAGAAGGAAUAUGAACAAACAGCCACGUUAUUCGGGUUACCUAAUGAGAAUGGAUGGUCAAUUCCUAUGCCAUCUACCACUACUAAUAGAACUAGAAGUAAUGUUCAUGCAGUUUUCACUACAUGUGAAGCCACCACCAUUAAUGCUGAUGGAAAUAAUAAAGAUGAAGAAAUUGAAUUCCAUAUGGAUGAUUUCUAUGAACCUCAAUUUGAAUAUGGUGAUAAUUUCUCUGUGGGGGUUGAAGAACCAGAUGCAUCUUUAAGUCAUAUGUGGGCCGCUUUAGAUGAUUUUGAUUCAUUUUUCACUAAGGAAACUGAUAAUUUACCCGUUACAAGUCCAAGAAGAGACCAUCCUCAUCUUCAUCAUUUCCGAGGAUCUUCAAUGUCAUCUAAUGAAACCAUCUCACCAGUUGAUUCCGUACCCCAAAUAUAUGAUAAAAAAGUUUUGGGUAUGUUAAACAAAAGUUUGGCUAGAAGUCAAAGUAAUGCUUCAUUCAAAGCAAACUUGGUGGAUUCAAUGGGGUCACUUAAUUUAAAUGAACAGAAUACUCUUGUCCAUGCAAAGAGAUCUUAUCUUCCAUUUCGACAUAAUAAAGUAUCAAAGAAUAAAUUUGAUAAUUUCACAACUCCUAUCAAUCAAUCGACAGCUACUUUUGAACAAAACCAUAUCAAUACUAAUAGCACUAACACCAACACGACUACAUCUCCAACAUUUGAACCAGUUUCGGAUCCUCAUCAAAGUCCUGCAAGAUUAGACUUUUUAAUUGGAGGUAAGAAAAGAGUUAAGCGGUCCUCUAAGAUAUCUCCCACACAUUCGCCUAUAAGUACUUCAUCUGAAAAUCUUCAAGGUAUAAUGUGGUCUGGGUCAUCAUCGUCAAGACAAGCGGGUACACCUCAAUCUAAUCAUCUACAAAUACACUUACAACUGCAACUGCAACUGCAUCAACAACUGCAACUGCAAUCACAACUACCACUGCAACUGCAACUGCAACUGCCUUUAAUGGCUCCUGUGAAGACUAAAGAUCGUAAGAGACCUUCCCCAAAGUUUAAAUAG